UCAGCUGACAUCAGAGUCUAGGCCAAGCAGGCAGCCAACAGCACAGGCAGCUGUGAUUCUCUUUCGACGCCGCGUUCAGCGACGAUCAGUCGCGAUCAUUUUUCUCUUGCGCAAUCUUUUUAAAGUCAUUACCAGUUGUUGCCAGUUCGUCGAACCUCGCUCCGUUUGUCCCUUAUUCUCGUGUGUUCCGUGUUAAAUUACAGUGCGUUGUGUCAAGUCAAGAAAUACGGUCAUGAAAAUUUGGACGUCCGAACACAUUUUCAACCAUCCGUGGGAAACGGUGACGCAAGCUGCAUGGAGAAAAUAUCCGAAUCCCAUGAAUCCUGCAGUUAUUGGCACGGAUGUCAUCGAUAGAAAAGUCGUGAACGGAGUCUUGCAUACUCAUAGACUCGUUUCUAGUAAAUGGGGAUUUCCAAAAUGGGCACAAGCUCUGAUUGGUCAUGCGAGCGUGUGUUACGCCAGUGAACGCAGUGAAGUCGAUCCCACCAACAGGCAGAUGGUACUCAAGACGAGAAACCUGACGUUUUGCAACUACAUAGCCGUUGACGAGACUCUGAGGUAUAUGCCGGACCCCAGAGACGCCGGUAAAACUCUUCUCACUCAGGAAGCCGUAGUCACUGUCCAGGGUGUUCCUCUUACUCACUACAUGGAAGAUCUCUUGACCUCCAAAAUAUCAUUCAAUGCUGGCAAGGGACGGCAGGCGAUGGAGUGGGUAAUUGGUAAAAUCGAAUUGGAAGUUAAGGAUCUGGCGAACACCGCGGUCAAAUCGACCGACGAGCUUCUUUUCCAAACGCGACGGCAAUUGGACGACCUCACCAGCAAGACCAGGAAAAGCAUGGACGAUCUUCAGCACGCAGCCAAGAAGUCAUUCGACGAGAUACACAAUCUAACGACGCCACCAUCCUCGCAAUCGAUGCCCAAGUUAUAGCUAAGAUUCCGCACUAGUUUCAAUCUUUUUAAUUAAUUCCGAGGGAAAAAAACAAGAGGUUCGAGAGGGAUGCACAGGAGGAAAAAAGAAGGCUUUUUACUCUCGGGCUGUGAGGCGAUUCGAAACUACUUUUAAAAGAAAGAAUUCCUAUCGAGUGGUUUGCCGAUUUUCUCCCAAAUGACCACGAUGCCAAUGGUCCUGCCUGGGAAGAAUCGAAGCGCGAAUCAAAACUUCCUGAUGGAUCUAAUAAAAAGUUAUAACUCACUUGGAUUUCUCCCUUUGACUAGCGUUUUACUAUCGGCUCCAUCGGUAUUAGUAGUCCUGCUUCCUAUAACUUGGGACAAAAGUGAAUCAAUUUUAAGAAUGUGGUUGUGACCUACUCAGAAAGGAUGCUGAGAGAGAGGGAGAUAAUAAAAUGGAUCAAAAGAAGCCAGCGAGUUGCUUCCUUGUGGAGGAACCUCUAAAUUCCUGCGAGAACACAGUCCUUACGGAUUGGUUACGUCGAUGAAUGCGGCUUUCGAUGCUUCUGCAAUUUCCUUUCUGUAGGUUCGAACCAAGCACAUUCCGCGCAUCGCAGUCCGAUCGCAUCGUCUUUGGACUUUGGAUCGUUCGGAAGUGAUAUGAUCGAUUAUCGCACUUUUGAUUCAUUCGCUCAGCGCGUUCUUAUAGGCAACUCGGCCGAUAACAAGAUGUCAUAGUUUUUCAAGACGAAUAAUCCAGCGGCGAAUAUUCGAACCAAUGAAAAAUCACUCUGAUGAUAAAAAUUCAUACGUCACUUUGCGGUCGAGACUUUCCUUAGGAUUUCUUUAACGUAUACUGAAAUUAUUAAAAUGCUUUUGAUAGUGAAAAGAAAUUCGGGGCAUCGGAAAGACACUGCGAAUUGAAAAAAAAAAAUAUUAUGAAUGACUAGGAAAAAAGGUAAUA